AUGGAAAUAAAAGGGCUCGUUGAGAAGAAGAAUGAAAACAUCAUUGAUCUUGUAGGCCAGAUUGGUGGUGUCGUUGGCGAACCCAUUUCUGCUGAUGAUAUAAAAGUUUGCCACCGAGUACCGACUCGUGAGCAGGGCAAAACGAACGUUAUUGUUCAGUUCAAAAGCAAGCAGAAACGGGACCACGUCGUCGAGAAAGCCCGCAAGAGCCGCAUUCGGAAUCGUGACGUAGGAAUCUCCAGCGAAGCCCAAAUCUUCGUGAAUGAGCAUUUCUGUCCGACACUGAAGCGGCUGCUUGCACAGGCAAUUGCAAAAAAACGGGAGAAUCAGUGGCAGUUUGUGUGGACUAAGAAUGGGAAGAUUUUCGCGCGCAAGACACAGUCCAGUCAGGUGGUGCGCAUUGAAACAGAUUCUGACCUCGUCAAGAUUGCGUAG